GACCGAUCCGGACUUGAUGAACAUUUAAGAAUGAGCUUUCUCUUAGUUUUAUACCUGUAAUAUAGUUUUAUCAAUAAUUAAUAGUUCAAGUAGUCAAUUAUAAAUUACCUUAAUUAGUGAGAUUUAUAAUUGUAUAUACAUAAAAUGUCAAAAUAAAGUUUCCAUUAUUAUUAUUAUUAUUAUUAUUAUUAUUAUUAUUUGUGCUUAACUUCAUAGCAUCCAUACUUAAAUCUGUGAACCAUUGUAAUCUUUAUGCUGACCUUCCUGGCUAUAUCAGUCCAUCUGUUAUCACCGGAGAUGAAUUGCGCCCUGAUCUUUUGAUAACACCUCUUUUAUUCAACAUGUCUUUCAAUACCUUUAUCCAACAUAUUAAAUCGGAAAAAUACCGUCAACUUGGAUUUUGGAAAUCCAGUGAAAACGGUACCCCAUUAAAUCCUCUUCAUUGGUUCCAGUUUGCCGACGACGCGGCUGUUGUUAGCGGCCAAGAAAAAGAAAACCAAAUGCUCCUUAAUCGCUUUACAAUCUGGUGUCAGUGGGCUCAAAUGAUAAUACGUGUAGACAAAUGUUCAACAUUUGGCAUUAGGAAACAAGUAACCAAAUCCAUUCAAUAUCUCCCAAAACUAUUUAUAAAUAACUGUCUUGUACCACGUGUUGAACUUGGUAAAUCGUUUCGCUACUUAGGUCGCUAUUUUGAUUUCAACAUGUCCGACGAAGAUCACAAAUCUGAAGUAUAUGACACACUUACUAAUAUCCUGAAUGAAAUUGAUGAUCUACCAUUACAUCCGAAAAACAAAAUUCUCUUAUACAGUCGUUAUGUGCUUUCCAAAAUCUCUUGGCACUUCACUGUUUCUGACAUAGGCAAAACCUGGGUUAACGAUAAACUAGAUAGUAUCGCGUCCACGUAUAUCCGAAAAUGGCUUGAACUUCCUAUUUCUGCAACCCUUAGUAACGUCCUACUUCCCCAAAAUAAAUUUGGAUUAAAUAUCAUUCUACCUUCAACCAAAUUCCUUCAAUGCCAAACUGUUUCUCGGAAAGCCCUAAAGUCGUCGCCAAAUGAAGCGAUCAAUAACCUUUGGAAGGAUACUAGCAAUCACAAAAAUGUACAAUAUGACAAAUACAAAAACACCAAGGACGUAUUAAACACCAUCAGGAAACAACAUGAAGACAAGCUUCAACACCACCUCAUUUCACAAGGCUCAUUUUUCUCCAAUAUCAUUAAACAUUCUACACUCUCGUUCAACUCUAUAUGGUCCUCCGUUCAGAGUAAACUUCCGAAGAAUAUAUUUAACUUCACUAUCCGGUAUAUAAAUAACACUCUUCCGACUCGCAAAAACCUUCUGAAAUGGGGAAUAUCACCAACAUCCGAAUGUUCGUUUUGUUUGAAUCCAGAAUCACUUCUUCACGUCGUCGCUGGAUGCAAGACCUACCUAAAUGAAGGACGUUUCACGUGGCGUCAUGAUUCGGUGCUUAACUUCAUAGCAUCCAUACUUAAAUAUGUGAACCAUUGUAACCUUUAUGCUGACCUUCCUGGCUAUAUCAGUCCAUCUGUUAUCACCGGAGAUGAAUUGCGCCCUGAUCUUUUGAUAACACUUGAAAACAAAUGUAUUUAUAUACUUGAACUUACCGUCGGAUUUGAAUCUAAUCUCCUCACUAAUGCAACUCGAAAAAGACAAAAAUAUCAAGAUCUAAUUAACGAACAGCUCAAAAAUUAUGAAAAAGUGAAAUUUGUAAAUUUAUCGAUUAGCUCAUUAGGAGUUUUCAGCCACCCGUCGCUAGAUUUCACCGAAAUGCUGAAGGAUCUAAAGUUUGAUGAACAAUGUAGAAGGUACUAUGUUCGGAAAAUUAUUAAUAUCUGUAUCAGGUCCUCGUAUUAUAUAUUCUGUAAGCGUAACAAAGAAUGGGAUAACCCACAACUAAUGUCAUACUAAUAUUGUUAUUAUGUAGAGUGUUAAUUCAAGUAGACACUGGUAAACUACCUGUAAAGAGAAGUUUAUCAUUGUAGUGUAUAUAUAUAUUAUUGAAAGUAAUAAAGUUUCCAUUAUUUUUAUUCUUAUUUUUAUUCUUAUUUUUAUUCUUAUUUUUAUUCUUAUUUUUAUUCCUAUUUUUAUUCUUAUUUUUAUUCUUAUUUUUAUUCUUAUUUUUAUUCUUAUUUUUAUUCUUAUUUUU